CUAACUUCCAGUAAGUGUAAUCCAAGAUCAGCUUGAAUGCAUAUUAACAUUUGACAUAAUCACAAUGUGAUUUCUUAAAUUGUUUUUCACUUAUUUUCCUCUUUGCAGGAAUGCCAUCAGAUAAGUCUUUUCGUGGGAUGCUCUUUCUGUCGCUCACAGUUGUUGGAGUUCUCGGGAAUAUCACGGUGAUUGUUGCCUUCCUCCUAAUGAUCCACAAAAAGAGCUGGCUCCUUGCAGCAGAUGCCAUUGUCCUCCACCUGGCCUGCGCCAACCUGCUGGUGGUGCUCGUACGCUGUCUGCUUGAGAUGCUGGCCUCCUUCUACAUGGCCAAUGUCUUUGGAGAUGUUGGUUGUAAAGCUGUGAUCUUCAUCUACAGAACCUCCAGGGCCCUCUCUAUUUGGCUUACCUUUCUCCUUAGUGCAUAUCAGUGUUUGAGCAUUGCCCCUCCUGGAUCAAGCUGGGCCUCAGCUCGUGCCUUAGUUGCCCAAAAUUUGCCCAUUGUGUUCCUUUUCCUCUGGGUCUUCCACACUGGCAUGAGUGCAGGGGCCAUAUUGUUCUCUGUAAGCUCCAGGAAUGACACUAGUCUGACAAGAAGUGCUAUUAACGUAGAAUUCUGUUAUGUUAAUUUUCCUUCAGAUAUCCUUAAAGAGGUCUAUGGGGCAGUACAAGUAAGUAGAGAUGUGGUGCCUAUGGCCCUCAUGAUUCUAACCAGCCUGAUCAUUCUUGUUCUUCUCUACAAGCACAGCCAGCACCUCAAGGGGCUCCGUGGUGCUGGCCAAGCUGGUUCAGGGAGCUGUGGGGCAGAGCAACGGGCUGCAAAAGUCGUAGUCGUGCUCGUAACCAUGUAUGUGGUCCUUUACGGGGUCGAUAAUGGUCUUUGGGUGUACACACUCACUGUGAGGCACACAAUGAGCUCCUCGCUGAUCUCAGACCUGCGUGUAUUCUUCGCCUCACUGUACGCAGCGCUGAGCCCUCUGGUUAUCAUUGCGUCUAAUAGGAAGGUGAACAGCAGGCUCAGGUGUGGAACACAGGAAAAACCUUUGCCUGGGAAAACAGCUCGUCUCCGCUCUAUAUGA